AUGAUGAAAAUGUUACCUUUUUUCCAAAGUGGUCCUAUUGGAAUACGCAGUGGAUCAGAGGGUUGCAUUGGUGCAAACAGGCAGCUUGAAAAGCCUUCAACAUCAGUAGCUGAGCAAGUGUCUGCCUGUCCUGAACCUUCUGGAGACGAGAUCUGGUCCAAGGACCAGGAGAAGAUGAGUGAAAGGCCAGAGGCAGCCUGCAGACCCUCACGUGCAUCUUCCAUCACGAGCAAUGAGAGCUGCGCCUCUGCUGGGGACACCCCUGAAAAGGGGAAGAAAGGAAUAAAGGGAAUCCUUACGAGUGCACUUAAGAAGAUGAAAAAGGUCAAGCCACCCAGUGUCAAACAAGUCAUGGAUCUCCUUGAAGAGCAAAAGCUUUGCGACGCCGCUCAGCAUCUGAUUGUCCUGGAGAAGAGCCUGUCUAGCAAAAGUGAGGAGGGGCUGAACACCAGCCAGCAAGACAUCGAGUCCAUCUACGAAAUUCUGAAGCACAAAGUCUUCAGCAUCUUGAAAGACUCUAUACUGCUAGCAAAAACAAACCCAGAACUGCUGCAGCAGGCAGUAGAGGCACUGAAAGAGCAGGAGAAAGAAGAUCAGAACUACACAUCAGAGAAUCCACCUGACCAAAACAUGCAAUUUAGGCCUAUAAAAUGGAAAGAACUUUGGAUGGCUACAGUAAAGGAGUCAGUAGAGGCUCGAAUGAAAGACUCAAGCCAUAGUCCUAGAACUGAGAACCUCUCUACAGUUGGCCAGAACCUCCUGCACAUGGGGAAGACAAUGAAAGAAGAUUUGACAGUAGUUGUAAGGUAUAUUAAACGGCUUUAUCCUCCGGAGUUUAAUGUGUUCAGCACAUAUGCAGAACUCUACCACAAUUAUUUUGCCUCCCAGGCGAAGAAAACUGCUGAGUCUCCUCUGGAAGACAAGGAUAUUUACCUCCUCCUCUCAUGGGUGCACAAUAUUUAUCCAAAAGAUAUGAGAAAAGAUCAUGUUUUAGGAGGGGAGUUGGAGAAAGUUAAGCUUGGAAGCCUUUUGCCAUCAAGUCUGAGCAAAGACCUUGAAAUGAAAUACCUUGACAGUGAAGAGGCUACUAUCAAAAAUUCACUGAGCAAAUGUUUAGAUAAAGAAAUCCAAAGAUGGAAAGAAGACAGAGAACCAGAGCAACUAAAUGGACAUUUUCAGAGUGAACUACUAGCAAUAUUUGUUAUCCAGAGUGUCUACAGUGGCCAGCAGCGAGCCAAGGACAUCAGCACGGCACUGGGCGAGGAGCUGUCGCAUCGCCUGUGGAAGGAGCUGCCUGCCUUCCUGAAAAGCUACAAGGAUGCUUUUGAAGACUUUAAGGAGAAAUGCAAGAAGCACAGACACUACAAGCCUAUACUGAUUGCAAAUAUUAACAACUGCUGGAAUUUUAGAGUCUAUGCAGAGAAAAACAUGGCAGAAGAGGACUGCAAUAAAGCCAGUAUACUCAGCACUCUCAGCGACAUUGAAAAUAGUGGCUUUGACGUGCUGCUUCAACAGCUGUUUGCCCAGCUGAAGCCGAUUUAUAAGAAGUUUACAGAAAAUAAGUGGGACUCCAGCGAUGAAAUUAUGAACGAGAUCAUUAAAAACACCAGCAAACAUAUUUCAGACUUCCAGACCCUAAAGGACCCUUUCUACCAUGCUAUCGUCGAGAAGAUCCACGCCCGUUUGGUUAAAGAGUACAUCGUGAGGCUGCUGAAGAGGAAAGUCAGCCUGAAAACUCCAGCACAACAGCAAAACCUGGCUCAAUACAUCUCCAAGAACGCUGCUGACCUGGAAGCCUUCUGCACCAGCAAGGGGUCUCAAGCCACAUGGCUGAAUUCAGCGCUCCCCAGACUGGCUGAAAUAAUCCGACUUCAGGAUUUAGGUGCUAUUAAAAUUGAAGUUGCAACACUCGCCACGACAUACCCAGAUAUCCGCAAAAAGCACAUGGAAGCGUUCCUGUACAUUAAAGCCAAUUUGUCACGCAGCGAGCUCAAAAGCAUCCUGGGCUACUUGGCAGACAGCACAGCAUCCACACCACCCGGGGCCCCACUCUUCUCCAACAUAAACAUCUCCUAG